AUGUAUACAUACUGCUGCCUGGCGCCUGGGCAGGACGUCUGGCCUCUGCUGCAGCACCUCACCUACACCUACCUGCCCGCCCCUCCGCUGCUGCCCCCCAUUCAGGCCCACAACUUCUGCAGCCGGCCCCCGAGCCUGAGCGCGGGCGAGUGGGCGGCUCCGCGGGAAUACCACUGCUUCCACGCCACAGGCGCGACGCUAGUGAUCACGCCGCCCUUGUGGGCCUUCCCGCAGGCCUACGCUGCGGCCCUGCAACCGCCGUUCCCAGCGCCCGGCUACCCAGGGCCGUCGCUUCAGGAGCCCGCAGAUGCGGAGCUGGCGGCGGUCGAGAGCGGGACGCAGUGGCCGGAAGGCAGCAGCCUGCACGCUGAGCUGCACUGGGGCCGCGUGGAACGUACGCUACGGCCGGGCCUCAAUCUGCCGGACUUCGUGCGCCGUGAGUUGCGACGAGCGUACGGCACGUACCCACGCACCGACGUGCGCGUCACCUAUCGCGGCGGCGAGUUCCUGCUGCAGGGCGUGCCGCGCGUGCGCGAGCCCGAGUACCGUACGGAGAGGCGAGUGCUGCGCCGGCCAGCCAGCAGCUGCAGCGGCUACAGCAUCCCCGCGGGGGAAGCGGCGGAGCGCGGCUGCCGGAAAAAGGGGAAAGACUUGAACUGAGGGUGCCGCGAGGCCCGGCGGCCGGCCAGGGUCCAGACCCUUGAAGUCUCUCAACUUCCCCCAUCUCGGGACUUCCCUGGUGGCUCAGUGGUUAAGAAUCCGCCUGCCAAUGUAGGGGACGUGGGUUUGAGCCCUAGUCCGGGAAGAUCCCACAUGC